AUGGCGAAAUCGGAACCAAUGGAGCCAAAGGAAAGAAUGAGCCUUGGCUCGGCGCAGGAACAACACGAAGACAGCGCGUCAAGUGACUACGAGAAAAGACGAGAAUCUGCUGCCGACAUCGACGAAGAGAAAGUGGUUGGACUUGAUGGAGCUACGCGAUCAACGAAAGAAGGAGAUUCUGAAAGAGGCCGCAGCCAAAGUCGACGCUCGCAAGAUGGGAGGAGCCUGAAGACGGUCAGAUCGCAUCACUCACGGGCUGGAGGAGACGGCUACACAUGCCUCGAUGCUGAAGGCAAUACCCAAGGACCGAGCAAAUCCAGAACUGGAGCUGUCACGGAGCAGCCGUAUCUAGUGACUUGGGACGGUGACGCAGAUCCAGAGAACCCGAGAAGCAUGGGCAAACUACGGAGAUGGCUCAUCGUAUUGAUAUGCGCCAGCAGUUCUCUUUGCGUGACAUGCACUUCAUCACUAUACACGUCAACCUAUAGUCAGCUGGAGCCAGAGUUUGGGGCCUCCCGCUUAGUGUGUACGCUUGGCUUGUCCAUGUUCGUCGCAGGGCUAGGCGCAGGACCGAUGAUCCUCAGUCCCCUCUCGGAGUUCUAUGGUCGAAGACCUAUCUAUAUCUGCUCGUUCACGUUCUUCCUGAUCUGGAUGAUACCAUGCGCUGUGGCACAGAACAUUCAGACAAUGUUGGUCGCGCGCUUUCUAGAUGGACUAGCCGGCUCAGCCUUCCUCAGUGUAGCUGGAGGCACUGUCGGUGAUAUGUUUGGAAAACACGAGCUAUCUGCGCCUAUGAUGGUUUACACAGCUAGCCCAUUUGUCGGUCCAGAAGUUGGUCCCCUAAUAGGAGGCUUCAUCGUCGAGAACACUACGUGGAGAUGGUGUUUCUACGUGCUCAUCAUCUGGUCUGGAGUUCAGCUUUGCCUGAUCGUUAUGUUCGUGCCUGAAACGUACCACCCCGUUCUGCUCCGUCGGAAGGCGAUUCGACUACGAGAAGAGACCGGCAACCCAGAGUGGAUAGCGCCGAUUGAGAAGAUGGACCGCUCUAUUGCCAAAACCGUGCUGUGGUCAUGCAUUCGCCCGUUUCAAUUACUGUUCUUUGAGCCUAUGUGCUUGAGCCUCUGCAUACUGUCCGCUAUUCUAUUGGGCAUUUUGUACCUCUUCUUUGGCGCUUUCCCCCUCGUGUUCCAAAACAAUCACGGCUUUAGCAUAUCGCAGACUGGGCUUGCAUUCCUGGGUCUGUUGGUAGGCAUGCUAGCGGGUAUCUCCACGGACCCUAUCUGGAGAAGGAUAUACGGCAGGCUUGUGCGCCAGCGUGAGGAACAAGGGGGUGAGCCUGGAGGUUCGGAACCUGAAUUUCGACUUCCUUCAACUAUUCUUGGGGCCUGGGUCGUCCCUGUCGCUCUCUUUGGGUUUGGGUGGACAACGUACUCAUCAGUAAGUUCAGAGUGCUUUUGGUAUGAAAGCUUCUAUGCUAACACCCCGGCUUCUGCAGGUUCAUUGGAUAGUUCCAAUAAUCUUUUCGGCAGUAUUUGGUCUCGGUGUCAUUUGGGUCUAUUCAGGGGUCUUCACAUUCUUGGUCGAAGCCGUAAGUACCACGCACCGACAUCGGACCAGACUUUUGGGUACAGAGAUAGUGACGUCGCCGAACAGUACCCUGUCUACGCUGCAUCGGCUCUUGCGGCCAACAGCUUCGCGCGGUCGUACUUUGCUGCGGCAUUCCCACUAUUUGGUGUUCAGAUGUACAACAAUCUCGGCUACCAGUGGGCAACUACUCUGCUUGCCUUCCUGGCACUUGCAAUGGCCCCAUUUCCAAUCUUGUUCUUUCGAUAUGGCAAGCGACUCAGGGGAGGCAGUCGAUAUGCAUCAGCAUAG